AUGGAACCGAGAACCGAUUUGUCAGAUUUAGAAGACGUUCUAGAGAAAAGGAAGACGAUGCAGGAGGCAAGAAAGAAGACGGUGACGGAAGGAGUUGACUGCAUCAUUCCGAUGAGUAGUACUAGGAAUGUAAGAAAUGUUCAUAAAGCAUGGUUUGCCAAUGAAGAUGCAGUUCGUAAACUACCUUUUGGGAUUUGCUUUGAAUCAUAUACACUUGAUAAUGUUAGCACUGCUGCUUGUGGUCAUCCUUUCUGUAACACAUGUUCGCCAGCUUACAUUAGCAAAUCUAUCAGUUAUAGUCCUGAUUGUUUAACUUUGAGAUGCCUAAUUCCAUCUUCUGGUGUUGUUGUUGAUGUGGGCAUGGUCAAUAUGUUCACUUUAGAUGAAGAUAAGAAGAAAUACCGAUGUUACCUUCUUAGAACGUAUAAUCUAUAG